GGCCAUGGCUUCUCUCCAGCAUCUGUAGUUGACCCCUGGAGCACCAAGAACAGAUUGUACACAUUAGAGGGCAUUUUUACCCUAAGUAAUGUUGUCUUGAAACAGUUGACAUUCCACGUUUAUCUGGUUUCCUGGGGAACAGAACUAGAAAAGUAAUCAAAGGUCAAAUUCAACAGGCAAGGAGAGGGAUUUGUUGACCUUGUACUUUGGCUGCCCUAACCUCUGGGGCAUAGAGAAGGGCCUGGUAUGGGGGGCGCUCUGGAGUCCACUUGUUCAUCUUGACCCAUCUCAAAAGAAGUCAGUGCUCAGUAGAGCCAGGGUCUGGAAGUAGGAGCAGAGGCUUCGGGCAGCAGGGCCCUAGAGGUGGCAGCUGGCAUGCUGCGUGGGCACCAGGCCUGCGGAGGCUUUACAGGAGGGCAGGCACAUCUUCAGCCCUGGGGUUCCGGAAGUUGCCCAGCAUCUAACAAAGCACUGGUGGGCAGGCACUCUGUCUGCUCCCAGGGUAGAAUCCACUGGGAGCACAGGAGUGCUCCUGCUGCCUGACCGCCACAGGCCUGCCUAUCUGAGGCUGCCUGGGAAGCCAUUGUUGUUUCUAGUGAGAUCACAGAGGUGGUUGUGUAGGCCCCACCCACUGCCUAUAACCUUGGGUCUCAGUGCUAACCUCCCAAGUGUCCCCGUGGGAGCUGUGGGAGUACAGGGCCAGCACCCCUCACGCCCCCUACCCCUCCGGAGCUGGCAGGACCCAAAGCUCAUGGGCCUCCUCUUUCUGCGUAUCUGAUUACCCUGACUGCCCCAACCCAGCCAUGGCGGCUCCCAGGAUCCAAUCUGAAAAGCUACAGGCCAGUGGCAGCUCCCACGCAAAGCGGAGAUUGGUGUGGGGCCUCUGCCAAGGUGGGAGCCCCCCAGGAGCCUUGGCACCCCCAAGUCCCCCAGGAGGCCCUGGGCUAAUUGUGGAGCCCAGGGUCCAGGAUGGAACAGCCAGCAGUAAGGACCCUCCAAACCCUCCGGAGGCCGACCCCUCCCGUGACCCCCAAAAAGAGAUCAGCAUGCACCUAGAUGUGGGACAUCCCACGGAGCCCCCAAGCAAGCAGCGCCUGCCAGCCCUACCCCCAGAAGAGCCCCCACCCGAGGACUGCAGCCUGGAGGUGGAGCCCAGCGCACACACUCUCUAUGUGGGCCACCUGAACCCCCAGUUUUCCGUGCCCGUGCUCGCCUGCCUACUACGGGACACUCUGGAGCGUCUGCAGCUGCCCGUAGCCCGGGAGGACAUUGAGGUAGUGCGGCGGCCCGGGAAGGCCUACGCACUGGUGCAGGUGACCACGCCCAAGGCCACUCUGGCCUCGCUCCCCUGGCGCCUGCAGUUGGCCUGGCAGGAGCACCGGAUUCUCAAGGAGCUGGCAGUGCGCGGCAAGGAGCUGGUACUGACGGAGGGCCGGGGACCCACAAGCCACAGGGAGGGCAAGGAACAGCAGGAGGAAUACUGCGGCCCCAGCCCUGGCUCUGGGUUCCAGCCACCUGCUCGGCCUACAGGCCUCUCUCCUAGCAGGCCCCGGGCCUGGCAGCAGCACAGCUCCCAGCACCGGCCCAGUGGCGUACGUUCCGACAGCGCCAUUGUCCACCAGGAGAUCCUGGGACAGGAGCGGCUCUUUCAGGGCGCCCUCCUGGGCACUGAAACGCGCAACAUGGAGUUCAAGCGAGGUAGUGGCGAGUACCUGAGCCUGGCCUUCAAGCACCACGUGCGGCGCUACACAUGCGCCUUCCUCAACAGUGAGGGUGGCAGCCUGCUUGUGGGUGUGGAAGACAGCGGCCGUGUCCAAGGCAUCCGCUGCAGCCACCGUGAAGAGGAUCGGGCGCGCCUGCUGGUGGACUCCAUCCUGCAGGGCUUCAGACCUCAGGUCUUCCCUGAUGCCUACACCCUCACCUUCAUUCCUGUCGUCAGCACCGCUCCCACCAACAGCCCCCUCAAGGUACUGCGCCUGACUGUGCACGCCCCCAAGGCCCAGGGUGAGCCGCAGCUCUACGAGACAGACCAGGGCGAGGUGUUUCUGCGCCGUGACGGGAGCAUCCAGGGCCCACUGUCUGUCAGUGCCAUCCAGCAGUGGUGCCGGCAGAAGUGGAUGGCAGAGCUGGGCAGACUGGAGGAGAAGGUGAAGGUGCUGACGGUGGAAAAGGAGCAGCUCCAGCAACGGCAACAGCAGCGGCGACUCUGGCCUGUCUCCUGCACCUGCUGUGUCCUGUGAGGCCUUGGGGCAGCUGACAGGUGCCCACACUUGGCAGGGAGAGCCAAGGAGCUCCCAUUCGGGUCCGAGUCCUUUGAAUGCCACCCCAGUGAGCCACCUGGAGGUGGGCAGAGACCCCACAUCCUGGAUCCCUCACCACUACACAUGGGAUGGUCCCCAUGUGACUCCA